AUAUGUGUGUGCUGCUGUGGCUGGUACAUACUACUCUGCGUGCACACGCCUCGCGGCAUAUUACAAAUGCCGUUAUGUCUCUUUCUCUCUCACUCUCUCAUAUAUAUGUACUCGCUCGCUCUUUCUCUUUUGCUCCGAUACAUGUCUCGAAGCGAGGAAUUCCCGUCUCCGUCUCUGUCUUACGCUCUCUCUCUCUCGUGCCGUCUGCGUGAUACGUGGAUCAUCAAGUGAUAUCGAAUGUUAUAGAAAGAUUCUCCAACGUCUUACUGAAUUCUGUCCACAUAAUAAACACAGUCUGACGGGUCCCGUGCACUUUUUGGACGACGUCGCCCGCGCUCUAAUUACAUCCGUAAUUGAACGUUCGUUCUCGAAUCUGCUUUCUCUCUCAACUCUGCCCUCUCUCGAAUUGUUUUGCAUUCAAUCGAUGCUGGAUCGAUUUCGAUCGAAAAUCUGCCUCGAAUAUAACUAGGAUUGGAAGUUUAAACAAAUAUUCAAAAUGCAAACAAUAAAGUGUGUGGUUGUUGGAGAUGGUGCAGUUGGUAAAACGUGUCUGCUGAUAUCUUACACAACAAACAAAUUCCCUUCUGAAUACGUGCCAACAGUUUUUGACAACUAUGCUGUCACUGUGAUGAUUGGUGGAGAACCCUAUACACUUGGUCUUUUUGAUACUGCUGGUCAGGAAGAUUAUGAUAGACUCAGACCAUUGAGUUAUCCUCAAACAGAUGUAUUCCUUGUCUGUUUCUCAGUUGUAUCACCUUCAUCAUUUGAAAAUGUUAAAGAAAAAUGGGUACCUGAAAUUACGCACCAUUGUCAAAAAACACCAUUUUUACUUGUUGGUACGCAAAUUGACUUGAGAGAUGAUGCUGCAACUAUAGAAAAACUUGCAAAAAAUAAACAAAAACCUAUCACAGGUGAACAAGGUGAAAAACUAGCGAAAGAAUUGAAAGCUGUCAAGUACGUUGAAUGCAGUGCACUAACACAGAAAGGAUUAAAGAACGUUUUUGAUGAAGCAAUUCUUGCAGCACUUGAACCUCCAGAGCCUGUCAGAAGGAGGAGAUGUUCUGUAUUGUAGAAGACAUCCUCGAUUUUAUGUUCUACAUACUCUUCAACAACUGGCCCUAAAAGCAAUGCAUUGAUCGCAUCACUUGCUUACUGACUGAGAUAAGUGCCCAGCAAUAAACAUCAGCGAUAUAUUUACGUAGUUAUUCUCAGUUUAUGAAAUAAAGAUUAAGGCAUUUUAACGCUAAGCUAUAAUAAUUUGAAACUUUUUAUAAAAAACGAUUAGUCAGAAAAAAAUGAAUAAGCUAUUACAUGAAAUGAUCAAGCAUGCGUUUUUUAGAAAACUUUAGAUGUGUAGUACACAAGCGUUUGUGUCUGCUCAAACGAUUUCUAUAUUUUUUGUAUAAACUCUUGUACAAAAUGAAUUAUAUAAUUAUAUAUUAUUACUGCGUAUAUAAACGAUUCGAGAAAAAAAAUAACCAACAAAAUACAACCCACAUGCGUUGAAAUGAAGAAUUAACUCUUAAGAUCUAACUAAGAAUAUUGUAUCGACAGUUAUUUAUGACAAGCUCAAAUUUAAGUACUUUAAGCAUUUUGUGUGAGUAAUAAAAAUUUCUGAAGCAAUUUUUUACAACUAGCUUGACUCUGUUCAUUUUGAAUAGUCUUUCAAAAUCAGUGUUAACUGGAUACUUAAUUACUGACAUUAUUUUUAUCCAUUUGAGUAAUUUUUCAAUCAUUUUUAUUUAUACCAUGUGCAUUAUCAGUGUUGUUUUUGGUUUAGUUUUAAUUGUAAACUUUAGAAGUAAUUAAUUCAUCAUGAGAAAGAAAUUUUAGUUAUAUUUAUUACUAAUGAUAUCAAGUAAUCAAAUUUAAUUUAUUUUAUUAUUUUCUAUAAGUGCCAAGCAACUCUGAAACUGAGAUUUUUAGUUUCAUGCAAAUCAAAUUUUUGCUACAGCAGGUUAUCUUUUGAUAAUUGUAUUUUUUUGUUUGUCAAAUCUUUUUUACAAGUACUGUGAAUGAGAUAUAUAAAAGUUGAAGAAAAAAUGUGGAUUGUGUGAGACGAAAUAACAAUUUUUACUAAAAUUUAUUUUUGUGAUUCAGUUUUGAAAUAAAAUAUUUGAUACCUACAUAUGGAUUUGUGGUGAAAGGAA